AUGGCACGUAAGGGUAGUCCAAAAGUUCGCUCAGGGUGCAGGACAUGCAAGAAACGCAAGGUCAAAUGCGAUGAGUUCAGACCGGCUUGUAGGCGUUGUUCCUCCACAGGACGUACUUGUGGAGGAUACGACCUCGAACUGGACCGGGAACAGGACCGAGAGCACUACAAUGCCCUGCAGCAUUCCAUCUCGUUAUAUCGGCCCAAGCAAUUGACUGCACGAGAUGAACAGGAAGGUCGCUCAUUCAACUUCUUCGCUCAUGUGGUCAGUCCUGUACUCUCAGGACCCAUGGACACAUACUUCUGGACCCAUCUUGUCAUGCAGUUCAGUCAUUUUACUCCCGCUGUGAGACAUGCUUCUAUUGCUGUAAGCUCACUCUACGAAGACUUCCUGGGAGGCUCUCGCAUUUUUCGACAGAAGAACAACCUCCUCGCUUUGAAGCACUACAACGCUGCGAUUCAAGAGAUUGGGGCCAAUCCAGAUCAGGAUGAGCAGCUUGUCCUGAUGGUAUGUGUGCUCUUUGUUUGUAUCGAGCUAUUGCAAGGCAACCCAGAAGCCGCCAGUCGACAUUGUAAGCAUGGUAUUGCUAUCUUGCAAAAGUUCAAUGUAGAUUCUGGACGCACUCCCAGCGACUGGGUCGUUCGGUAUCUGCUUCCUAUUUUCCGCCGUCUCAGCUUGAAUUUAUUCAUUCCAUCAGGCCCCCCAUCCCCAGCUAGGUUUUCCAAAGGAGAUUUUCCUCCACCACCGAGUAUCAUGCUUCUCGAGAACGGCCCUGAUUCUGGCAGUGUGCCCGACCGCUUCGAUACAAUCGUGGAAGCUUCAAACUCACUAGACGAAUUGAUGGCGACAUGUAUGUCCAUAAGUCAUGCCAAGGAUGACGCCUCAACACAAGAUCAGAUGCAUAAGAAGGGACAGCUUCGAGAGUCUCUGCAACUUUGGAACACUCGAAUUUCGGAAUUUGAGUCCUCUGCAACUUCACUCUCAGUAGCUGAUCAGCUAGCCCUUUGCAAUAUGCGGAUGAGAUAUGAGAAGCAGAAAAUCGACCUGGGUGUUAGGGCCGGACCUAAAUCUUUCGCCGAAGAACUCCAGUAUGAUCAGUAUACGAGUACAUUCAAAUCGAUCGUGGCCUUGGCAAGACAGGCAGCUAGCUUAUCGACGUCGGCGUACAAUGGUCAACGCCAGAGCUUCUCGUUUGAUAUGGGCUUCCUACCUGUGCUUCAAUUCGUGGUUAUGAAGUGCCGUGACUUUGAUACCAGAAUAGAGGCUUUGUCAUGGAUGCCGCAUCUCACUGCUGCGAAGGAAAGCCUGCUUGAUCUUGGCACGCUCUACAGGAUUAGUCGACGUGUGAUAGAGCUUGAGCACAAUGUCUCUCUCGACGACGACCUGCGAGCGCGCGAUGAUGAGACGGCGAAACUUCAACUCACGUCGGAAGACAGUAGAAUUGUUGCCGCUCCAGUUGAUCACGAAAUGGAAGUCAUUACAGCACAGGAUGGUACAGUCUCUUACCGGAGACGAGUGUUGAUCAUUAUGCGACAUGCAGACAAUUCGAGCUCCUUUGAUCGGGAAAUUCUCCAGGAACGCAAACUACGUCAGUAUGACCUUGAAAUUCCUGGUAUGCGAAGUGCGCGAUAG